UUCAAGGUUCAAGAGGAAGCUGCGAGGAUUCCAAGGUCCCACCACCGGCACAGCCAAUGAGGGGCCUGGGAGGGAGGAGCUUGGUGCAGCGAGAGCUUGUGAGGGAAUCAUCCCCAGUAGAUGCAGUGGAGUCUGAGCUCUGCUGCAUCUGUCACAGCAGAACAAAAUCAAACAAACAAACAAACAAAAACAACAGAGGAGAAACGCUGCAGGCUAUGGAACUCCGUAGGACUUGCUGAAGCAUUUGCUGGGAUUUCCCGUGGAGCAUGAUAUUUUAAAACGAGAUCUUUUUGAAGCCGGUUUGGGUAACUGGGAAAAUGACACAUAUGCUAAGUGCAGCAGUUGAUCGAGUGAAAUGGACCAGAUCGAGUGCUGCUAAGAGGGCUGCCUGCCUGGUGGCUGCGGCAUACGCUCUGAAAACCCUCUAUCCCAUCAUUGGCAAGCGUUUAAAGCAAUCUGGCAACAGGAAGAAAAAAGAAGCUGCUAACCCAGUUGCAGAGAACAGAGAAAUACUGCAUUGCACCGAGAACAUUUGUCAAAAACCUCCUGGAGUGAAUGCAGAUUUUUUCAAACAGCUACUAGAACUUCGGAAAAUUCUCUUUCCAAAACUCGUGACCACUGAAACAGGGUGGCUCUGCCUCCACUCGGUGGCUCUAAUCUCAAGAACCUUUCUGUCUAUCUAUGUGGCUGGUCUGGAUGGGAAAAUCGUGAAAAGCAUUGUGGAAAAGAAACCUCGGACUUUCAUCAUCAAAUUAAUCAAGUGGCUUAUGAUUGCCAUCCCUGCCACCUUCGUCAACAGUGCAAUAAGAUACCUGGAGUGCAAAUUGGCUUUGGCCUUCAGAACUCGCCUGGUAGACCAUGCCUAUGAAACCUAUUUUACAAAUCAGACUUAUUAUAAGGUGAUCAAUAUGGAUGGGAGACUGGCAAACCCUGACCAGUCUCUCACUGAAGAUAUCAUGAUGUUCUCCCAAUCAGUGGCUCACUUGUAUUCCAAUCUGACCAAACCUAUUUUAGAUGUAAUCCUCACUUCCUAUACACUCAUUCAGACAGCUACUUCCAGAGGGGCAAGCCCAAUUGGGCCCACCCUAUUGGCAGGACUUGUGGUGUAUGCUACUGCUAAAGUGUUGAAAGCCUGCUCGCCCAAAUUUGGUAAAUUGGUGGCUGAAGAAGCUCAUAGAAAAGGCUAUUUGCGGUACGUGCACUCCAGAAUUAUAGCCAAUGUGGAAGAAAUUGCUUUUUACCGAGGACAUAAGGUAGAAAUGAAGCAACUCCAGAAAAGUUACAAAGCUUUAGCAGAGCAGAUGAACCUCAUUUUAUCCAAACGUUUGUGGUACAUCAUGAUAGAACAGUUCUUGAUGAAGUAUGUUUGGAGCAGCAGUGGCCUAAUUAUGGUGGCCGUACCUAUUAUUACUGCAACCGGCUUCGCAGAUGGUGAUCUAGAGGAUGGCCAAAAACAAGCUAUGGUUAGUGAACGAACAGAAACUUUUACCACAGCUCGAAACUUGUUGGCCUCUGGAGCUGAUGCUAUUGAAAGGAUUAUGUCUUCAUACAAAGAGAUCACUGAAUUAGCAGGCUAUACUGCUCGAGUAUACAAUAUGUUUUGGGUCUUUGAUGAAGUAAAAAGAGGCAUUUAUAAGAGAACAGCAGUUACUCAAGAGCCUGAAAACCAUAACAAAAAUGGAGCCAACAUACAGUUGCCACUCAGUGAAACACUGGAAAUCAAAGGAAAAGUUAUUGAUGUGGAUCAUGGAAUUAUUUGCGAAAAUGUUCCCAUAAUUACACCAGCGGGAGAAGUGGUGGCUUCCAGGCUAAACUUCAAAGUAAAAGAAGGAAUGCAUCUUUUGAUAACUGGUCCCAAUGGUUGUGGGAAAAGUUCUCUCUUCAGAAUUUUAAGUGGGCUUUGGCCUGUAUAUGAAGGAGUCCUCUAUAAGCCACCUCCCCAACAUAUGUUCUAUAUUCCACAAAGGCCAUAUAUGUCUCUUGGAAGUCUUCGGGAUCAAGUCAUUUAUCCAGAUUCAGUGGAUGAUAUGCAUGAUAAAGGUUAUACAGACCACGAUCUGGAAUACAUUCUACACAAUGUCCACCUCUAUCACAUCGUUCAAAGAGAAGGAGGGUGGGAUGCUGUUAUGGACUGGAAAGAUGUCCUGUCAGGAGGGGAGAAGCAAAGAAUGGGCAUGGCUCGCAUGUUUUAUCACAAACCAAAAUAUGCAUUGCUGGAUGAAUGUACCAGUGCUGUCAGCAUUGAUGUGGAAGGAAAGAUAUUUCAGGCUGCAAAAGCAGCUGGUAUUUCCUUACUGUCUAUCACGCACAGGCCUUCUCUUUGGAAAUACCACACUCAUUUAUUACAGUUUGAUGGUGAAGGAGGUUGGCGCUUUGAACAAUUGGAUACUGCUAUCCGUUUAACACUGAGUGAAGAAAAACAAAAGCUAGAAUCUCAGCUAGCUGGAAUUCCCAAAAUGCAGCAGAGACUCAAUGAACUUUGUAAAAUUUUGGGAGAAGACUCAGUGCUGAAAACAAUCAAAAAUGAAGAUGAGACAUCCUAAUUUGUUUUGACAUAUUUUAAAAGUUAAUUUUUAGAUAAAAGCUCGGAGACACUCUGUGAUGGUGCAUGUAGUGGGUUAAGCUAAGCACAGAGAAAAAAAGCAGCAAGAAAUUUUUUUUAUAAGAUUUUAGCAUCAAAGAAGUAUAUGCUCUGACUUUUCAGGAGAAAAUAAACAAAUGCAUUAUGUAAGAUUAGUCAUUGUAGCUAAUACUAAUUCCUAGUAAAAGCCUAAUUCACCUGUAAAACAGGAUUUUCUGGGUGAAUUCAUGAUGAAAACCAGACUUACUAUUACAUGUGAUGUGUCUAAAGUUCUUCACAAACAUGGGAGAUGUCUUGGAACUGAAACAAGAGGAACAUUUGGAUUGAUACCAGGUGCAUAAAAUUAAAACUUCAAUUAACCUUUCAGUCUGUUUCAGGUUGAUAUUAGGUUUAGUAGCUAGAAUUCAUGUUCACCUUUGCUAGUGACCAACUAAGCCUGUAUACAAAAUAGCUGAAAGUUUGAUAAGUAAUUCAAUAUGAAAAAAAUAUUUUAAUGGCCGUGAUUGAAUGAAAAAGCAUGGCUAUACAUGCAUAAAAUGCCAUAUUUAAAAGUUUGAGACUUUAAGCAUCUUAAUGUAGGCAUCUAACAAAUUAAAUUUCAUGAGAAUCUUACAUAUGUGUUAAUAAAUCCUUCCAUUUUAAAAAGAGAAUUGCCAAUUUGGAAAAGGAAUAUCCAAACAAGGUUCGUCUCGGCCUGUCAGUUUACUUGGCUGCAUUCUCUAUUGCAGUGCUGUCCAGAAAUACUCAGCUUGUUUUUGUGUCCGAAAGAGGAGUACGCCUUUAAAAAUUGCACAGCUACAAUAGAAUCUAGGCAUUCUGAAAAUCAUGGUAAUGACAGCACAGACUGAAAUAGCGCUUUAUAUUUUACAAUCGCCAUUUAUACCACUGCAUUUUAAUUCUGCAGCAAUCUUUUGAGACAGAUACCAUUUUUCCUAUGUUGCUUUUGAGAAAAUUGACACUCACACUUGCCCUAAUCAUGCAAUUUGUCUAGGAUAGAUUAAAGGAUCAAAUGAAAUUCUCCUUACUCCCUGGCUCAGUGCUAUUUUCACUAUUAUCCUUUAAGUCUAACUGGCCUACAAUAGCAAUAAAAGUUAGGUGAGAUGUUGAAAGGAAAAUAAAUGUGGUAAUCUUAUUGUUAUUGUUAUUUGGUUCUUAUGUACAAGAGAAUUAUGAAGUGAAAAGGUUAUUGGUCUGUGGGCUAAAAUAAGCCAAGAAAAUUGGCAAAUCUUUCAGUAAUAUGCACUCUUACUCAAUACUAAUAAACCUCUAAAGUAUCAGCAUUCAGAAGGGCGAUUAAUUUUGUCUGAAGUAAAUGUAAUAUUUACUGCAUGUAAUGAGAAAUAAUCUUCAUGGACUAGUCAUGUGAGAUAGAUCCUCCCUAUGUGUGUGCACUGACGUUAUACGUACAAACCCAGCACUGACACUGAGUAAUCCAGAAAUGAUUAAAAGGAUCAGAUGUUAGAGGAGUAAGAUUUGAUUGCUAUUUAGUCACAGCCAUAAUAGAUGCUAAGCCAGUGAUUAUUAGGCUUCUUCAGGUAGCAGAGUACCUGGAAGUCAUUCAUGAUGACUGUUGUAGAACAUCAUAACAUUUCCACAUUUUCAGUUCUGCCAUGAUAACUAGGACAUUUUUUAACUGUCAAUAAAUGCAACCAAGUUACAUAAAGGAAUGCAACGUAAAAUUAUAAUCAGUUCGUCUGCUCCAGUUUUUCUGUUAGUAUUAUUAGCUACUCAUUUAUUCAUUUGUUAGUUACUAAAUAGUUCCUAUUAGAAAAAUGAGCCAGGACUGAAUGGUAUUUUUAAAAGCAUGGAACCAAAACUUAAAAAUGAUAAAGAUUAUCCAUUAAUCUUAACUUGUAUCUUAGUAGUUAUCAAGUUUCAGCUCCUAUAAAGGGAAAAGUAGGAGGCAGUUGUCCUGUUAAUUUUUAAAGGUGUAAGAAGAAAAUGUCUUCAUUUGAAACAUGCACAAUUUUCAUGCCUUAAUUUUCAUAAUUUAAAAAAUAAAACAUUUAGGAUCUGGUAGUUUGUGUUUUGAAACAGAAAAGAAUGCCAAAUAAAUAUUAGAUUUUUAAUUAGCUCUUAUUUAAUAUAUCCUACCAAUGAUCUGAAGUAAAGA